AUGUUGUCCUCCUUGGCACUGUCCGCACUGCCGUUGCUGCUCGCUGGCCUACAAGCCACCGCGGUAGGCGCCGUUCCCACCAUUUCAGCGGUCGGCUCCAAGUUCUUCUACGAGAACGGCACCCAGUACUAUAUCAAGGGCAUUGCUUAUCAGCUUACCCCAAGCGACCCACUUGUUGACACUGCCCAAUGUAAACGCGAUGUCGCGCGCAUGGCCGAACUGGGCACCAACGCGAUCCGUGUGUACCACGUCGAUCCCGAGGCUGAUCACAAGGGUUGUAUGUCCGCCCUGGCCGAUGCAGGAAUCUAUCUGUUCGUCGAUUUGGACACUUUCAAUACGCAGAUUGAACAGACUGGCCCACACUGGAAUGAGACGCAGUUCCAUGCCUUCACAAAGGUCCUGGACGAGUUCCAAAAGUUCGACAACACUGCUGGUGUCUUUGUCGGAAAUGAGGUUCUGACCACCGCCGAGGGUUCGGCCGCUGCCCCCUACGUUCUCGCCGCCGCUCGCGACGUCAAGGCGUACCGUGACAAGAAGAAGUAUCGCAAGAUUCCCGUCGGUUACUCCGCGGCUGAUAUCCCCGAACAACGGCCCAUGCUGCAGAACUACAUGGCCUGUUCGAAGAAUGAAUCUGAGCGCUUGGACUUCUACUCCCUUAACGCAUAUGAGUGGUGCGGUUCGUCCAGCUAUACCCAAUCGGGAUACAAUAUUCUGCAGAAGAACGCUACGGACUACCCCAUUCCCAUCUUCUUUUCUGAAACGGGCUGCAACACUCCUAAGCCCCGCACCUUUGAGGAUCAGAGCGCCAUCUUCGGUAAGAACAUGGCCGACACGUGGUCCGGAUCCAUCAUCUAUGAAUGGAUCGAGGAGACAAAUAACUACGGUUUGAUCAGCUAUGGAGCUUCUGUCGACCCCGCCACCGCGACAGCCAGCGCCAUCGAGGACGGCUUCACGCGCAAGGGCACACCGACCCCUGUCUCACCCGAUUUCCAGAACCUAAAGUCUCAGUGGGCUACCCUACACCCCACUGGCGUCGCCCUCUCCGCCUAUACCAAAGGCAUUUCUCUCGUCACCGCCAUCGAGUGCCCUUCAUCCACCUCUGGUGGCUGGGCCAUUGACCCCAGCUCGCCGCUCCCUACUUUGGGCCAGACGUACAAGAAGAACUCCAACACCGCGUCCGCCACCGGCAAGGACGGCAAGCCGACUGCCACUGGAACUGCGUCUGCUUCAGCUACCGAGGGUGCUGCUUAUGCCGUGACCGUGGGCUCGCCUGUCACCGAGCGUCUGCUUGCCGGAUCAUUGGUGUUGUCUGGUCUCGUCGGUGUCGUCGCUUUCUGGCUGUGA